AUGGCGAUCAGCCCAGAAGAAAAGAAGGUCGUCGACGAGACCAACAGCGACGAUGAUGUGCUCGCACAACUGGGUUAUACCCAAGAGCUCAAGCGCAGUUUCGGCCUACUUGGCAUGGUUGGCUUCUCGUUCAGUAUUGUAACUUCGUGGACUGCACUUUCCGGUGUUCUCAUCAUUGGCGUUGAGAGUGGAGGUCCACCAGUUAUGAUAUGGGGCUGGCUGUGUGUCUGCCUAGUCACACUUGCUGUCGCAUACUCGAUGGCUGAGAUGUGUAGCGCGUAUCCUGUUGCUGGUGGACAAUAUAGUUGGGUGGCUAUCCUAGCUCCGACGCGAUGGGCUCGCUCAAUGAGCUAUCUUUGUGGGUGGUUCAUGCUUAUCGGAAUAAUAUGUAUGGGCGCUGUCAACAACUUUGUCGCUACAAACUUCAUCCUAGGCGUGGCCCAGCUCAACUAUGGGUUCACGAUAGAACGCUGGCACACAGUCCUUGUCGCCUACCUCAUCACCUUUAUCGCGGCAGCGUCUAAUAUCUAUCUGCCCCAUAUCCUCAACAAACUCUCAAAAGCGAUCUUCAUCUGGAAUCUCGCAUCGUUCGUCGUGUGUCUAAUUACCAUACUAGUUACAAACGACCACAAGCAAUCAGCAAGCUAUGUUUUCAGCGACUUUCAAAACUUUACCGGAUGGAAUGCGCCGUAUGCUACAUGCUUGGGUCUACUUCAGUCCGCGUUCGGAAUGUGCUGUUACGAUGCGCCUUCGCACAUGACUGAGGAGAUCAAGAACGCCCGGAAACAAGCUCCUCGGGCGAUAGUCAUGUCGGUUUACAUUGGCUUCUUCACUGGUUUCGUCUGGCUGAUUGCGCUAUGCUUUUGCAUUGGCGAUCUUGAGGCAACAGGUGCCACUCCAACUGGAGUGCCUGUCAUUGAGAUCAUCUUCAAUAGUACAGGCAAUGUGGCAGGAACAUCUACAUUGGCUUCCAUGAUUGCUAUCAUCGCUACAGUAUGCGCAAAUUCGCUCAUGGCAGAAGGAUCGAGAGCCAUGUAUGCGUUCGCACGAGACAACGGACUUCCGUUUUCGAACGUACUGAGCAAGAUCUCGACAAGAUCGGUACCGGUAUACGCCAUCCUGUUGACGGCCAUCGUACAAAUGGCGUUCAAUUCCAUCUACUUCGGUACAACGACUGGCUUCAAUACUAUCAUCGCCAUCGCUACGCAGGGGUUUUAUCUGUCAUACCUGAUGCCUCUCCUCUCCCGCAUUCUGGCGCACUUCUCCGGCAAAAAGACUCGUCUCGAAGGCCCAUACUCUCUUGGACGUUGGGGAAUCGUGCUCAAUAUUAUCGGAUUCUUGUACCUGGCAUUCAUCUGUGUUGUAUCCAACCUACCUAGCGUCACACCUGUGACGAGCGAGAACAUGAACUACACUUCUGCGGCAACAGGGGUGGUCAUGUUUAUCAGUUUGAUUUUCUGGAUCAUGACAGGGAGGAAGAAGUUUACUGGACCCGAUGACGGGAGUUUGCUGGAUGUGGGUAGCCAUGUUGCUUAG